AUGUCUGCGCCAAUCUUCUGGUCCACCCCCCUCAAGUACUGCCGCUGGGCAGCUCGCGAGAGACCCGCGCUCUUCUGGUCCGUCAUUAUCGGUGCCACUGGUCCCAUUGCCAUGCCCAUCGUGCCCCCGAUCCGAAAAUACUUUGGCGACGUUGAUCCUGCGCCGAUUCCUGUCACAUAUCCCGUUCCUACGGGCCCUCGGAAACAAUUGACGGGCUACGACGACUAG